AUGAAAAAUACCACAUUGCAUUUUAGUUGUCCCAAUUCAAAUAGAAAAAAGUUUUCAAAGGAUGCGCCACGGGAAAAUAGAAAGAAUAGCAGUCAAAACAUCCGCCUUCAUAGAAAAAGUGUUUUCUCGUGA